CUAUGCGGUUGUUUUUAGAUCGUGCGGUUAUUCCUCAGUUCCCGUGAUAGGCUAUAGUAGGCCAAAGAUCUAUAGCUGUGUAUUAUUCUUGAUGUAGGCUACGUCAAAUGAUUUCUUGCGAUUAGGUAUCUUCGAGGAAAAAUCACCUCCUCUAUCUCGUAACUAGCAUCAUCACGAAUAAGGAUAGGACGAGUGAGAAGGAAAUACUAGGAGUGAAAUGGUGAGUGAAAUUUGUCUUUAAAUACGACCGCAUCCUACGUCACUGACAAAUAACUUGAGAGUCUCAAGGUACAAGUUCACGGGUGAAGUGCUCUUUGUUUUCACAUCUCCAGUUCUAGAAUCACAUUUGUGUCUUCAUCAUCUAUAAUCAUGUACUUCUGUCGCUUAUUUACAUUUUUUGCCUUAUUUUUGGCAUGCUGUCAUGCUUACGGUAUCCCUCUCAAUAAGAAACCGGAAUGUCCUUCUGUUUGCACAGCCAUUUACCAGCCGAUUUGCGCCACCAAUGGAGUAACUCAGAGAGUAUUUUCCAAUGAUUGCCAUAUGGCUAUCGAGAAUUGUAAUACUCCAGGAAGCUGGAGGAAGGUGAAAAAUGGACCGUGCUGAGAGAAGAGAGAAGCAACUCGAAUACUUGACAAUAUUCUAUUAUUGAAAUAUUUAUAUUCUUGUAUUCCAAUAACGAGUUCACCUGAUUCUUCAGAUAAAUAAAUGAAAUGGAUUGAAAAUUGGUUCCUCAACGAUAUCAAUAACUUUUCUAUUAUAUGAAUCUGCAUAUUACUAUGAUCUAUGUAUGAUGCAUGUGUCAUAUCUAUAGCUAGAGUUUCUCAAUGUGAAGUUUCUUUUUAUAAGAGUUUGUUGAUAAAAAUUAAAGAGAACAGAGUACCUUAUUAUGGAAUGCAAUACAAAAUUA